GUAUCCAUGCCGGAGGCAUCCCCCAAUGACGACGACGCCUCCAGUGGCAAUGGCCAAUUCGAGACUGUGCACGUUGACAAGGAGGAGCUGUGCGAAGUGGUCCACUCACCGGAUGGCGGAAACGAUUCCAACGAAGACUACAUGUAUGCCGACAGCCAGCAGCUCGGCGAGGAUCCCUUUCACCCAACAUCAUCGAUCCAGAGCCAAUGCAAUGCGAAUGUAUCGACCAAUUCGCUGGAAGCGGCCAACGAUAAUGCCAGCUUCUUGCAGUACCUCAACUCCAAGCUGAACAAGUAUAGCAGAAAUACCAAAUGCACUAUCCAAUAUGAGAUAAAUCGCAUAUUGUAUAAGGCCGAUAUGGGUUGCUAUGACAACGCCGAUGCCUCCAAGUUGCCCGAAUUCUUGCCCUAAGGCAGCCAAACUCUCUAUUGAGUCUAAUAUAGAAUGCCAAUUAUAUUUAGAAUAUAUUU